AUGGCUCUCCUUAGCCUACCAAAUGAGCUUCUGCUAGCCAUAUCAGACAGACAAGACUGCCAAAGAGACAUAAAUGCAUUUGCAAGCACCAGUCGCCGCUGUUUUAUGCUCCUGAACCCCUUCCUCUAUGCCUACAACGUCCGACAGCACCAAGGGAGCGCACUCCAUUGGGCAGCAAGCCAGGGACAACUAGGAACAGCCCAAGAAUCACUCCGACAAGGAGCGCAAAUCGAUUCGAGGAACAGGAAAACAGGAAAAACACCAUUGAUACAGUCCGUUCACAGCGACCAUGCAGAUAUUGUUGCAUUCCUGUUGGCACAUGGAGCCGACCCGAACGCCAAAGGCGAUGGGGGGCCCAACGACGCAAUCAGAUCGGCAGUGCUCCGCAAUAAGGCAGCCGUCGCUAGAAUUUUGCUUGAUAACGGCGUUGACGCGAAUUUGACGGGCCACAGGGGUAGCCUAUUGCAUAUUGCGGCUGAAAGAGCCUACAAUAACCGCGAGGAAGUGGUGAGAGUUCUGAUUGAGAAAGGUGCCAACAUCGAAUCUAUCUAUGGUGGCGAGACUCCGUUGCAGGUAGCGUGCGGGUCUGGCUCCGUGGAAGUGGCUCGGUGCCUAAUAGAAAGCGGUGCCCGUUUGGACACGCGGGGUCGGAAUGGAAGUUCGCUCCUGCACCAGGCAACCAAUGAAGUCAAGACUGUGAAGUUGCUGGUGGAGAAAGGAGCCGAUAUCGAGGUGAAAGAUGAGCAAGGUGAGACACCACUGCAUCGGGCGUGCUGGAAUGGCCGGGCAGAAACAGCAGCGUUCUUGCUGGACCAGGGUGCAGAUAUAGAGGCAAGAUCGUUAAGUGGGAAAACACCAUUGCUGCUGGCGGUACUCUGGGAGGGCACUGUAUGUAAGCAACUGGGGCCGGCCUCUGUGACCACUCUCUUGCUGGAACGAGGCGCCAAUCCAAGCCGGGGAAAUGAUUCCAACAUCACACCAUUGCAUUGCGUGACGUUGAAAGGAACUACGGAACUUUUCAAGCUAUUGCUACAAUAUGGAGCGGACGUAGAGCCAAAAACUAGGCUGGGCUCGAUGCCGCUGCACAGCCUAGCGGAUUCUGGCUCUUUAGAGUCGGCAAGGCAUUUGUUGCAGAAAGGCGCUGAUGCACAACCAAGGGACGGGGAAGGAAAUACUCCGUUGCACUUGGCAGCGCGGAGAAGCGAUGUGGAAUUCGUCAGGUUGCUGCUAGAGGCAGGCGCUGACCGGCUGGUCAAAAAUCACAAGGGUCAAUUGCCUGUGCAUCUAGCAUCAGAAGGAGCACGGAAAUCAGAAGAAAGACAGAGAAAAGUGAUAGAUCUUCUGGAGCCUCAGUCCGAUCAUCAACAUUAG